AAUUUACUUAGGUAAAGCGCAUGCGCGUGAACAUUUGUUUUUAUUUUGGUAAAGAUGGCAUCUGAGACAGAAAGUUUGGAAAGGAUUUUGGAGGAGCAUCUCCCAGCUGAUAAGAUUCAAACAGUUAAUCGUAUUUUGUAUGGUUCAUCUUGUAGGGUCCUUGCUCUUCCUGCUGAGUGUGGUGCCUUAGGAGAGAAUGGUAACUUUGAGGUCAAAGGUUAUCAGAUAGGUGCAGGUCAGGAGCAGCUGCGUUCUCCUCGUUUAGUCCGUAUCGGCUUGAUACAGAACAAGAUUGUGCUUCCAACCACUGCACCCGUUAAAGAACAGAAAGAUGCCAUUCACAAGCGAAUUGCAGAAAUAGCGGAGGCUGCUGGUAAAGCCGGCGUCAAUGUUCUUUGUAUGCAGGAAACCUUUGGAAUGCCCUUUGCCUUCUGUACUCGAGAGAAGACACCUUGGACGGAGUUUGCUGAGUCAGCUGAAGAUGGCCCUAGUGUGCUGUUAUGCCAAGAGUUUGCCAGGCGGUACAACAUGGUGGUCAUCUGUCCCAUACUGGAGAGAGAUGAUGUUCAUUUUGGAACCAUCCAUAACGCAGCAGUUGUGAUCUCCAAUACUGGGAAGGUACUUGGAAAAAGCAGGAAGAAUCACAUUCCCAGAGUAGGGGAUUUCAAUGAGUCUACCUACUACAUGGAAGGCAACACAGGCCACAGAGUGUUCGAAACCCAGUUUGGUCGUAUUGCCAUCAAUAUCUGCUAUGGUCGUCAUCAUCCACUGAACUGGUUGAUGUAUGGUCUUCAUGGAGCUGAGAUUGUUUUUAAUCCUUCUGCUACUGUAGGAGCACUCAGUGAGCCAAUGUGGGGGAUCGAGGCUAGGAAUGCUGCCAUCGCUCAAACAUAUUUCACAGCAGCUAUCAAUAGAGUGGGAACGGAGAGCUUCCCAAAUGAAUUUACAUCAGGAGAUGGAAAGAAAGCUCAUAAUGACUUUGGACACUUCUAUGGUUCAAGCUAUAUAGCUGCACCAGAUGGAAGUCGAACUCCAGGAUUGUCGAGGACUAGAGAUGGUCUUUUGGUGACUGAAGUAGAUUUGAACCUGAUCAGACAAGUCAGAGAUAAGUGGGCUUUCCAGAUGACAGGUCGAUAUGAGAUGUAUGCUGAAGAACUACCCAAGGUGGUUGCUCCAGACUUCAAACCAAAUAUCAUCAAGGAAACUGAAUGAAAUGAAAUAUUCUGAAAGACCUUGUUACAUUAAUCAUUCCACUUCGAAAAAAGAGUACUCUCUAAAUAGACAAUCUAAAUGGGUUGAUUAAAUGUUCACAAAAGAUUUUUGGUAUUUUGCCAUGAUGGAUACUUUUAAAAUCCAGCAUAAUAUUUUCAAAACAACAUGAGUAUGUAAUAUCAUGUUCAGUUAAGCUUUUUUAUCACUCUUUAUAAUCAUGCAUGAGGCAUGAUUAUUUUCAUGUUUAUAUUGAUUCAAAUUAUAUAGAUUCAUAUCAUUCUUGAAAUAGAAAUCAUACUGCUUGUGUAUUAAACAGUUCAGAUAAAGAAAGAUAAAAGGAAGUACAUGUAUUCAUAAGCAAAGCUCAUAAUGCCUGAUUAUAUUUUUUUCAUUCCAAAUGAAAUGGAUAUUUUUGUGUAGCGAAAAAUGCUGUAAAAUACUGUUGUACAGGCAGUAACAAAUUGUACCCGUUAUCCAUAAGGAUGACCUAAUUAUCAAUGAGGUUGUAUAGAAAUGGCAUAUUACCAUCUCAGAAUAUUCUUAUAUUUUUCUAUCAAUUACAAUGUAUGUUCUUAUGAUGUAUCAUUAAGAAUUAUGUAAAUGAUAUAAAGGAGUGUUGGGCUAUGUAUUUUCUGAACUAUUAUUAUUUUUUUUUUUUUUGGGAACCAUGAAGGUUCACCCUUCACGUUGUGAUUAUAUAUUCCAAUAAACUGUAUUUUUUAAAUUCAGUGUGCAUACUGUGAUUUUUGCUGUGGUCAGCAACUUCUGACACUGUGUUAGGUUGUCAAAAAUACAAUGUAAAAAAAGUUGAUGUAUUUUGAUAUGUUACUAGUAGGUCUAAUAUUUGUUUGUUUCCAUGUUGUGUAUGUAUACACUGUGUAUACACUUUAAAAUUCUGGAAUCACUGCCAGUAGUGCUUGUGCCAUAAUGGAAAUUUAUGGAAAAAAGGUUAAUCAGACAUAUUUACUUGCCUAAUAUAUAUUUACAUGAAGGCCAAUUAAAUGAACAUUUUAAUUUUCUUUUUGAUGGAUUGAAUCAUUAUUUUUACCUUUUGAAAUAGGCUUAUGAAUUAAUGUGUACUUUCUAUAAAGAAAAAGAUGCCAUAGAUAUAUUUUUACCCAUACUGAAUGGUUUGAAUCCAUACCAUUUUUAUUUUGUCUAGCAUUGCAGAUGAAAGAGAUAUUUAUCUUGGAUUUUAUGACAAAAUAUUUCAUCAUAAACUUACUGUCAUCGAAUUAGGAAAGGAAUGGAAAUUUAAAAGGACAUUCUCUGAAAGAUAGCAAAAAUAAAUGAAAGUUGUUAGAUAAACAUUAAAAAUGACCAAAUUCAUUGAACUUCUAGCUCCUGAGCUAUCUCAAUAUUGACAUACCUCAUGAAGCCAAAUUGCAAAGACCUGCAAAUCAAGGAUUUCAAUGAUUGUGGGGUGUGUAAACGAUGAGAAAAUGUUGCAGAACUUCCCUAAUUUUGUUGGUCUUCAGUGAGGAAUGAUAAAUCUGUUUAUACAUGCAUGUGAUCUAGAAAUAAAUCAAGGUCACAGAAUUCUGCGAGUAUGCUUAUCCUUUUUUUUUAAAUAGAAUUAUAAGAAUAUGAUGAUGGAGGUAUGUGAUUGAUAAAACCUGUGUUUGUAUGAUUUUUCACUCUUAUGGUCAUUCCAAUGUAAAGGAGCUUGUCAAAUAUUUUUCAUUUCUUAGCAGUCUCAAGUUUACAUGAUACUUUGUAAUGGUGAAGUGGGUAUUUUAUUUCAUAGAUUGAAAUUAGUUUUACAGACACCAUGUAUUAAUAUUUACAGUAUUGAAUAAAGAAGAUUAUACAUGUUUGUUUUAUUAUAUUUUAAAAAAUAUAUGGUCUUGGUUUGAAAAAAAAAGAGAAAUAUAUACUUGCCUUCCUAUGUGUGCAUUAUUCAUGUGUGUAUGAAAACAAUGUACCUAUGGGUGCUGGAAGGCAUUUAUUUAUCUGCUUUGAUCCAAUGAUGAGAAUAGAUGUCCGAUAUGCUAUCAAUCAAUUUAUGAGAUCUAUUGGUAUACUUAAUUCAGAUUGGAAUGUCAGAUGAUACUCUAACGUAAUACACAUAUUCCCACUUCAAUUUAUCAUUUCUAGUCAAGGCUCCACAACUUUUUCUUGGUGGCCCGAUAGGUUUACCAAAAUCAUCAAUUUCAUAUUCUUGGUGGCCCUAAAACAAUAUAAAACAUUACCGUUUAUCAAAACUUCGGCAGCCCGACUGGGCCACCUAGUGUGGGCUUUUACAGAAUUUUGGUGGCCCAACUCUCACUUUUGGUUGCCCCGGGCCACUGCUGAUGUCGAUCCCUGGUAUUAUAGUAUUAGUGCCAACACAGAGAUUGAUGGAAAAAACGAUGACAUUGAAUUCUUUGAAUUUUUUAUUGGUUGCAAAAACAUCUCCUUACACUUGCCACAAACAAGUUACAUUGAAGAAAAUGUAAAGGAUUAUACAUGAUACAGCAUACAAUUGGGAUAAAAAAAGAUGCUGUGUAAACUACCAAAUUUAUUGUGUUAACUACCAAAUUUAUUCUAGCAUUUCCAGUUCUUUUCUACCCCUUAAAUCAGAACAGUAAUUUGUUCAUAUUUCUAGAAAUACAAAAUUUGAUAUAUAUUUGUGAGAGUUCAACAUGUGCUUCAAUGAAUUGUUGGUUUGGUUACUAAUUAGUGCAUGAUUUAAGCCUGUAUGUAACCCUGUUGAAGCACAGUCUCUUCAGACCACAUGACAUUGGUUCAACUAAUAGAAAUGUAAUUUAAAAGAGGUAUAUAACUUAAUCUGCAUAACCAUACAUGUAACUAUUACCAUCAUUAAUACAUGCUUGUAUGAUUCUCAAUGUUAAUUGGUUUACUGUACUCUCUAUUCACCAACAAAUGCUUCAUAUAAAAUGGAUAAGUAAAUGUCUUUUAUAUUAAGAAUAAAGUAAUACAGCAUGACA